AUUUGCCCUUAAUUAGUCCCAUCUACUGCGGAGCCUCCAACCUGCAACUCACCUCGAAUAUAUCGACGCCUCUAUUCAAUUUCUUCGCUUCUCUCUUUCGUCUACCCAAAUUCAUGUUCUUGGUGCCCUCUUCGCAACUCAUCUUGGUUUCUUUCAGAAAUUUCAGCGGAAGCCUUUUUCUUUGCUUCACAUUCUAAGUAAACUGAAAUAGGUUCCCUCUCAUUUUCACGGAUUGAGGCUUCUAGUUCGAGAAUGGAUGCCAUGACUGUUUGCAAAUCUCUCUGCUCGCCCCCUGGAUUAUUUGUGGGGCAAGCUAGAGGUAUAAGGAGCUCACAGUGUAGCUUUAUGGUGGGAAGCGCGGUCAGUUUUCCUCGUCAGAGAGCUCAAGCUGCUAAAGUAAGCAGGAAGUCUAAGAAACGUGGGGGAGCACUGACUGCAACGUGCCAGGAUGAUAAGAUUCUUGUGGCAAAUAGAGGAGAAAUUGCAGUUCGUGUGAUUCGAACUGCUCACGAGAUGGGAAUACCAUGUGUUGCUGUUUAUUCAACCAUAGACAAAGAUGCCCUUCAUGUGAAGCUUGCAGAUGAGGCAGUUUGCAUAGGUGAAGCACCUAGUAACCAAUCGUAUCUGGUGAUCCCAAAUAUUCUAUCUGCUGCUAUUACCCGUGGAUGUACAAUGCUGCAUCCUGGAUAUGGCUUCCUUGCUGAGAAUGCACUUUUUGUUGAAAUGUGCAGAGAUCAUGGAAUAAAUUUCAUUGGUCCCAAUCCUGAUAGCAUUCGUGUUAUGGGUGACAAAUCUACUGCAAGAGACACAAUGAAGAAAGCUGGUGUUCCAACAGUACCAGGAAGUGAUGGGUUGUUGCAGAGCACAGAAGAAGCUAUCAAACUUGCAAAUGAGAUUGGUUUUCCAGUGAUGAUCAAGGCAACUGCUGGUGGUGGGGGACGUGGAAUGCGCCUUGCUAAAGAACCUGAUGAAUUUGUUAAGUUGUUACAGCAAGCAAAGAGUGAGGCUGCUGCUGCAUUUGGAAAUGAUGGAGUGUAUUUGGAAAAGUACAUCCAAAAUCCAAGGCACAUUGAAUUCCAGGUUCUUGCGGAUAUGUUUAAUAAUGUUGUUCACUUUGGAGAGCGUGACUGCAGUAUUCAGCGAAGGAAUCAAAAGCUGCUAGAAGAAGCCCCUUCCCCUGCAUUAACACCAGAGUUGCGGAAAGCUAUGGGUGAUGCAGCAGUUGCAGCAGCAGCUUCUAUAGGUUAUAUUGGUGUAGGCACUAUUGAAUUCCUUCUGGAUGAAAGGGGUUCAUUCUACUUUAUGGAAAUGAACACUCGGAUUCAGGUGGAGCAUCCUGUUACUGAAAUGAUCUCUUCUGUUGAUUUGAUUGAGGAACAAAUUCGUGUUGCAAGGGGAGAGAAGCUGCGAUACAAACAGGAAGAUAUUGUACUUAGAGGGCAUUCAAUUGAAUGCCGCAUUAAUGCUGAAGAUGCCUUCAAAGGAUUCCGACCUGGACCUGGAAGAAUAACAUCAUAUUUGCCACCUGGAGGUCCUUUUGUGAGAAUGGAUAGCCAUGUUUAUCCUGAUUAUGUGGUCCCCCCAAGCUAUGAUUCCCUUCUCGGAAAGCUUAUUGUUUGGGCUCCAACAAGAGAGAGAGCAAUUGAGCGCAUGAAAAGGGCCCUUGAUGAUACUGUAAUCACAGGGGUUCCUACAACCAUUGACUAUCAUAAACUAAUCCUUGAUAUUGAGGACUUUAGAAAUGGCAAAGUUGACACUGCAUUCAUACCAAAGCAUGAAGAGGAAUUGUCUGCGCCUCAGAAUAUAAUCUUAUCAUCUACCCUGUCCAAGGAGUUGACCAACUCUAAUGCGUAAAUGGAGUGUUUGCCACAACCACAAGUGUAUCCAAAUCGUGUAAGAGUUUACUGCUUCCAGGUUUUAGAAAGGGUACUGAGGUUAUUUAUCUUUAGAUAUAUUUUUUUCUCUCUUGUAUUGAAACUUAGGAACUUAUAGGCAAUUGGACCAUUUAUUUAUUUUUAUAAUGAAUUAGGGGAGAUUUUUUAGGAUGUGGAAAUUAGAAUUUUGGGGAGUUCUUGAGUUUAACUCAUCGGGAUGGUUUUGUACUCUUUAAUUAAUUAAAUGAGAUCUUUGAUGUCUCGAUAACAUCUUUUUCUUC